CCGCAGGGUUUCUCUGUGUGUUGCGGCUUCUGUUCCUUCAGUUUGACGAUAAGAGAUCCAGCUGGCCGGUCGCGCUAACGGAGCGAAGCUAACGGAGCUCAUCAUCUCCCUGAGGAGGAUCAGACUGAGAUCAGACUGCAGUCAUGACGUCACUGGUGAACAGCGGCUCCUCCACCGAGUACACUGUCCGAGUCCCGAAGAACACGAGUAAGAGGUACAGCAUCAUGGCUUUUAAUGCCGGAGACAAAGUGAACUGUUCUGCAUGGACUCAGGCUCGGAUGGAGCGGGAUCUGAGUAAUCGGAGGAUGUACGGUGAGGAGGAAACGCCUGAGGGAGCUGCCGGCAGCGAGUUUGGUAAAAAACAGAGGGAGGAGGCACGCAGGAAGAAAUUUGGGAUUGUAACCCGCGAGUUUAAGGCAGAGGACCAGCCGUGGAUCCUCAAAGUGAACGGGAAAGCAGGGAGAAGGUUUAAGGGGCAGAAGAAAGGAGGCGUGACGGAGAACGCGUCAUACUACAUCUUCACACAGUGUGCUGAUGGAGCGUUCGAGGCCUUUCCUGUUCACGCCUGGUACAACUUCACCCCGGUUGCUAAACACCGCACGCUCACUGCUGAGGAGGCUGAGGAAGAGUGGGGCAGGAGGAAUAAAGUGGUGAAUCACUUCAGCAUCAUGCUGCAACGGCGACUGAAGGAGCAGGAAAAUGGUGAUGAUGAGGAGGAGGAGGGGGAAAAGGGAGCAAAGAAGAAGAAGAAUAAGAAGAAAAAAGGAGGCCUUGGAGGAGACCUGCGUAUUCAUGAUCUCGAUGAUGAUCUGGAGUUGAGCAGUGACCACAGUGAAAGCAGUGCAGGAGAAGACGGAGAAGGUCGGUCGAAGAGUAAGAAGGAGAACAGCUCAAAGGCCAAGGGGAAGAAGAAGAAGAAGAAGAAGGGCAGCGAUGUAGAGGGACAUGAGGACAGUGAUGAUGGAGACUUUGAAGGCCUGGAAGUGGACUACAUGUCUGACGAGAGCAGUUCCGAGGAAGAGGAGCCAGAGAAAGUGAAGCCCAAUAAAGGAGAGGACAUACCUAAAGGAAUCGAUGAAGCGUCAGAGAGUGAGGAAGAGAGCGAGGAGGAGCACAAGAACGAGGAUGAGGCCAAAGAGGAGGAGGAGGAGGAAGAUGGCAAAAAGACACCUGUACAGGUGGAGAAGAAGAAGAAGAAAGACAGCAGUGGCGAGUCGGACAGUACUGAGGACAGUGACAUUGAGGGAGAGACGGCGUCUGCGCUCUUCAUGGCGAAGAAGCGAACUCCUCCUAAACGAGGCGCCCGAGGUUCUGCUGGAAGUUCUAGAGCAGGAAGUCGUCCCGGAACACCUUCCAUCGACCAUGCCGCAACUUCCAACACACUGCGUGCUGCUGCUACCAAACUGGAGCAGGGUAAGCGUCAGGCGGCGAUGUCCAGCUCAGAAACUCCCGCUGCCAAGAGGCUGAAGAUGGAGCCGACUUCUCAGAGCCCAUCAGGAAAGAGCACGCCACAACCGGCGUCUGGGAAGUCCACGCCAAGCUCCAGUGACGUGCAGCUGACGGAGGAGGCCGUACGCCGUUAUCUGAUCCGGAAGCCCAUGACCACAAAAGAUCUGCUGAAGAAGUUCCAGACCAAACGCACAGGACUGAGCAGCGAGCAGACGGUCAACGUCCUUGCACAGAUCCUCAAGAAACUCAACCCCGAGAGGAAAAACAUCAACGACAAGAUGCACUUCUACCUCACUGAGUAAACCGAGAGGGAUUACAACGAGGAAAGAGAGCUGCUGCAAGAGGCGGGGCCAAACGGAGCUUGUCAAGCCCAGUUGUGGUGUGAGUGGGUGGGUGGGGCCAUGUGAUGGCGCUGUAAAGUAUCCAUGGGACUUUUAAUUCUUUUUUUUGGUGUCCCCCCCCCCCAGUUUCCACAGACUGCUUGAUAAAAUAAAGUGUAAUAAUUCAAACAAUGCAGUUUGGAGCGGAAAAAAAAAACUGUUUGAAAAUGUUUCUUAAGUUUUUGUUUUUUUUCUCGAGUAAAGCCUGAUAUGAGUGUGAAGUAUUAAUUCAACACCAA